AUGAGACCACCAUUCUAUAUUUGUCGCAGCUGCCGGCAAACACUCUCACUCCGCGUACCGCGAAGCAGGACAAUAACCACCGUAGCAACUCCGCAACCCGAGUCCCGCCAAACCCUUCCUCUUCGCGAUCUAACCCCCAAGCACCUCUCCUACUACUGGGACACAUCGAUACCGACCUCAUCCCAACUCGCAUAUGCAGACAAACUCUUCGCACCCUCGCGCCACUCCCCGAUAAAGCUAUGGUCCGCGGCAAAGUUCCGCACGACACCUCUGUCCUCAAUAGAACCCGAAGUCGCAUUCCUGGGUCGGUCCAAUGUCGGGAAAAGCUCACUGCUGAAUUCUAUUAUGGGUAAGGAGAUGUGCUGGACGUCAUCGAAGCCUGGGCGAACGAGAGAGAUGAAUGCAUUUGGUAUAGGGGGCACGAAGGGCGGCGAGUCGAAGAUUGUCCUGCUUGAUAUGCCGGGUUAUGGCAAGGCAAGUCGCACGGAAUGGGGGCAGGAGAUCAUGAAGUACCUCCAGGGGAGGAAGCAACUGCGCCGAGCAUUCCUCUUAAUCGACAGCGAGCACGGGAUUAAACCAACUGACGCCGCGAUCCUGAGUUUAUUCCGGCAGUAUGCGAUCCCGCAUCAAAUAGUCCUGUCGAAAGUCGACAAACUUCUUGUGAAGAAGAAGACGAAACCUACGAGCGUUCCAUCUGCUGAGAAACUCGCCGGUUUGCGCGCUACACUUGAGAGGCUGAGGCCUGUUGUCCAACCGGAUGGCCGUAACGAGGGCCCUGGUGCUCUAGGGGAGUUAUUGACGUGUAGCGCUGAGACACCGCUUGGCCCGGGCAAGUUUCUGGGCAUCAGUUCAGUUCGCUGGGCUAUACUUUCUGCUGCGGGCUUGGAUGGGACGGUUGAGGCGAAGGCGGAGUUGUUUCCCCCUGCGCCGACGGGGGUUGAUACUCUCGACCGGGCUUCUUGA